AAGAUUGAUUCGUGUUCGAGUUACCCGGCAGAUAAAUAACCGUCCGCCACUCGAGGUUUGUCAUCUCUCGUAGUGUGCAGCUCGGACUACCUUUAAAUAUUUGUCCACACAAAUUUAUUCAGUAAAAGAAAAAAAACAAGGUAUUUACAUUUAGGCAAUGGCGUCCUACGAGCUGACAGUCCCAGCGCCCGUGACAUCUGACAGGCAGUUCUCGAAGCCACUGAUGUGUGGCUCGGGGCCAAGUGACUUGUUGCCCUGUGUGGCAGAGGCCCUAACAGCACCUAUGAUAUCGCCAGCCUGCGCCGAGUAUUAUAACGUAAUGGCCGACAUCCGCGUCGGCAUCCAAUACGCCUUCCAAACACGAAGUAAGCUGGUGCUAGCGGUCAGCGGGUCCGGGCACGCCGGCAUGGAGACCGUCAUCAGCAAUCUGAUCGCGCCGGGGGAGCUGCUGCUUGUGCCCAGCCGAGGGGUCUGGGACGAGAAGGCCAAGGACAUGGCCAGGAGAUAUGGCAUCAAAGUGGAGACAAUCACAACCUCGGAGCCUUUCACGACGUUCUCCCAUGAAGAGCUGGAGUCGGCCCUGGAGCGGUACCGCCCCGCUGGCCUGUUCAUUACCCAUGGCGACUCCUCCACCGGCACGCUACAGAAUAUUGAGGGUUUAGGAGACCUCUGCCAUAGAUACGGAGCUCUGCUGCUAACAGAUACAGUGGUGUCUCUGGGAGCGGAGCCAUUCCUGAUGGACUCAUGGGGCGUGGACGGGGCGUAUGCGGCGUGCCAGAAAGCACUGAGCGGGCCAGCUGGAGUAGCCCCCGUGGCUUUCAGUGCCGUUGCAGAGGCAAAAAUAAACAGCCGAAGCCACGAGCCGCCAUUCUAUUUCGACAUGAAGCUGUUGGCUCAGCAGUGGAACUGUUACGAUGACACUUUCUUCUACCACCACACACUGAGCUCCCCCCUGCUCUGGGCCCUGCGCGCCUGCCUGUCGCAGCUGGCGCGCGAGUCGCUCCCCCGCGCGUGGGCGCGCCACGGCGCCGUGGCCGCGCGCUUCCACGCUCGCCUGCGCGCGCACGGCUUCGAGUUCCUCGUGCGUCGGCCCGAGGACCGCAUGGCUGCGGUCACCACCUUACAGCUGCCCGAGGGACUGGGGUACAACAAGUUUGUAGCUCAGUUGAGAGACACGCACAACAUCAUGAUAACCCCCGGGCUGGGACCGUCGGCGGGCGCGGCGGUGCGCGUGGGGCUGCUGGGCGCCAACGCGAGCGCCGCCGUGGCCGACCGGGUCGCCGACGCCAUGGCCGACGUGGCGGGAAUCAAGCGACCUGAUAUUGCUUCGCAAUAAAGUUAUAACCGACUAACAGUUUUGAAGAUUCACCGUUAGUUUCACUACACUUAAAUCGACCGGGAUGUAACUGCAUCGAAAUAUCGGGAGCUCAAAAACAAUAUAAAAGGUACGGUUUAUAUCUCAGUCGAUUUAAGUCUAGCAUAACCGACAUGUUUACUAAUUCUGGCGAACUAUUUUUGUAAGUAACUGCGUACAGUAAAAAACUAUUCUCACCCCUAAUUUUGGCGUUAUAACUAAUAGUAGCGUAAAAAAUACAGUAGAUAUGAUUGUCUUUGUCUAUGUUUCACUGACAAGAGACUCUUGCCAACCUAUAGCUAGUACCCUACACCCUUUCAAAUGCGUACGUAGCGAAAAGCACCUACAAGCUCUCUGAUAUAUAUCUUUGUAAUAAAUUCCUAAGUAUUUUGCAGUGAUGCGUGACGCGAUAUUAUACCAUCAUAUAGGGAGCGUGCAUAAACUGUAGGGGGCAGCACAAGAGACGUCAGAUUUAAGGCGCAGAGCAAGAUGGCAGAACCUGCUAUGGACAAGAAAACGUACGAGGACGUAGAUGGCAGCACUUGCUUUGGCGUGAAGUGUCAAUGUAUACGUUUACGUUUCCGAUUCAGGCCACACACAGACCUGUCAUCCUAUU